AUGAAAAAAAGAACUCUAUAGGAACUAUCCGAAGAAUAAGAGGAAAUUAAUUCCUCUUACAUAAAUGUUAAUUCUCUUUAAAAAUAGUUAUACUUAGAAAAUUAAAAGAGACUAGAGGACGUAAAAUAAGAGAAGCAAGAAUAAUAAAAAAAUGAAGGAGAUGAAGUAAAAUAAGUUGAUGAAAAAAUUAAGCUUUGCUUUCCAGUUGGUAAGUUUUGCUUAAAUCAAUUAUCUUAAUAUCCUAAAGAAGAAAAAUAAUCGCAUAUAUUAUCAUUCAUAAAUAUUAUACAAGAGAAUGCUUACUCUGAUGUAUAAAAAGAAAAGCCUAAAAUUACUUUAGAAGCUGCUUUGAUGACUUGCUACGGUUUUGAGGAUCAUCUGCUUAAACCCUUAGUUUUAUCAGGAGUCAAAUUAUUUAUUAUUAAUGAUAAUGAUAAUAAUGACAAAAAACUAGAAAUUAUUGAAGAAUUUAAUGGUCACCCAAAUUGGACUGUGAUUAAACCUUCGAAAUUAAGUUCUAUAACUUUUGGAGGGUCAUUUCAUCCAAAAAUUUGGAUAUUGAAAUUUCCAAAGUUUAUUAGAAUUGUAAUUGGGAGUUAAAAUUUACAUGUUGGAGAUUGGACAGUUUGGUCAUAAGCAAUGUGGAUAUAAGAUUUUUAAAUAGGGAAUAGUGAAUUAGAUGAAGUAUCAAAAGAAUUUAAGGUAGGUUUGAAGGAAUUUUUAGAUAAUAUUCUUCCAAGUUCUCAUAAGUUUGAAGAUCUUCUUAAGAUAAAAUAUAAUGAUUACGACUUUCAAAACAUUAAUAUUAGGUUGAUUACAUCAAUUCCUGGAAGAUUCACUGGAAAUCAGAUGAAUAAAUAUGGAAUGAUGAGAAUUUAAUCUGUUAUAAAUUCAGAACUUAAAAGUAGUGAUUUUGAAAUCCCUAAAUAAGUUAGUAUAGCAUACUAAACUACAAGUAUUGGCCAGUUAGAUGUUAAUUAUGUUGAUUUUGUUUAACAAUAAUAAAAUAAUAAAUCAAUUGCUCAAAUGCUAUUUAAUUAAUAAGAAGAGAAAUCUAUCUUAAAAUUAAUAUAUCCAACUUCUGAUUAUAUUUAAAAUUAAACCUCUGCUGGGCCAGAGUAUGCAAAUCCUUUAUUUCUUAGAAAGUAAUAAUAUGACAACCCAAAAUUUCCAAAAAAUAUUUUCCAUAGAUAUCAAGGUUCUAAUUAUUAUUAUUGGCAUGCUGGCAAUAUUCCACAUCUAAAGGUGAUGAUAAUAACUGGAAUAGAUGAAAAAAUAGAUGAUAAAACAUCAAUUUAUAUUGGAAGUCAUAAUUUAAGUUAGGCUGCUUGGGGAAGGUUAGAGAAGAAUGCUACUCAACUUUUUAUAUCAAAUACUGAAUUAGGUGUUUUAUAUCCUCCAAAAAAGGAUUCAGCGAAAUUAAAAUAAUCAAUUAUUGAAUAACUAUCUUUUAAAUUUCCUCCCGAUAAAUAUGAGAAAACUGAUUAGCCUUGGAUUAGCGAAGUUUACUAUGAACAAUAAAUAUGA